AUGACUGGUCUUCCAUUAUGGGCGCGUUGGGCCAGAGUGUAUGCCACAGGUGGUGCUAUCGUUGGUGUUGGUGUACUAUUAUACAAGUAUGCCUCUCCUACUGAUGAGCAAGUCAUUGCAGGCUUUUCUCCUGAAGUUCGUGCAAAUUACGAAAAGAAUAAAGAAUUAAGAAGAAGAGAGCAAGAAGAGCUCAUGAAGAUAGUUCAAAAGACUGCUGCUUCAAAUGAUCCAAUUUGGAUGACUGGGCCUUUGAGUUCUCCCUUUGAACCUGGAAAGAAAAAUAAAGAUUGGUUCGAAGAAAUCGAAAAAAAACUAGCGCAGGAUAGACAAAAACAAGAAUUAGAAAAAGCUAAAAAAGAAGCUGAAGAGUUUAAUAACGACUCUAUAGCAGUUCAAGAAAAUACUAAAUCUAAAGGUUGGUUCCGUUGAUUUGUGUUUCUUCUUCAUUUUUCUUCAUUUUUUCCAUUUUUCUGUUUUUUAGAUUCUGUAAAUAAUAUCCUGAAUACAAUAAUUGAUGAUUAGGCGUUUAAUUCAAACAGUUGAAAGAUAAAUUUAUUCACUUAUCUUUUGUUGUUGUAUUAAAAAAACAAAAUCGGAGGAAAUAUAGAGAAAAUAUAGGGAAAAAAUGUGAAAGCUAAAAACGUUUCAAUGCAAAAAAGGAUAAAUAAAUGAAAAAACAAAGAUUACUUAUUAAAAGGUUUAAUCAAAGAACAAAAUCGGAAAUAAUUCAAGAAAAUUUAAAAAUUAAAAUGACAGUGACGUGAAAAUUUAAAUAAAAAAAGAGAGUAAAUCAAAAAUUUU